CCCUCCCUUCGUCAGCCGCCGCCGCCGCCGCCGCCGCCGCCGCCAUCAUGGGUCGCAUGCACAGCCGAGGUAAGGGUAUCUCGGCUUCUGCUUUGCCCUACAAGAGGACUCCUCCGAGCUGGCUCAAGAUUUCUUCUCAGGAUGUCGAGGAGAACAUUUGCAAGUUCGCCAAGAAGGGUCUGACUCCAUCACAAAUCGGUGUCAUCCUUAGGGAUUCUCAUGGUAUUGCUCAGGUGAAGAGUGUUACUGGGAGCAAGAUCCUGCGUAUACUGAAGGCCCACGGGCUGGCUCCUGAAAUACCUGAGGAUUUGUACCACCUUAUCAAGAAAGCAGUUUCCAUUCGGAAGCAUUUGGAGAGGAACCGAAAGGACAAAGAUUCCAAGUUUAGACUCAUCCUGGUUGAGAGCAGGAUCCACCGUCUUGCUCGCUACUAUAAGAAGACCAAGAAGCUACCACCUGUUUGGAAAUAUGAAUCUACAACAGCAAGCACUCUUGUGGCGUAGACAGUUGAUGGCAGUUUCCAAGGGACGCCGCGGUCUUCACAUUUUUAUGUUCAUUGCUUAAGACUGGAUGUAACACAUAGUUUUGGAUCAUCAGUACUUUAGUUUUUUUGGGGCUGUUUGAGAAAUUGAUUGUAUGCAGGUCUAUUCCUCCGUGUCUAUGUUCUUUUC